CUUCGUCAUUCUUGCCCGAGAUUCGCCUACGCCGUCGCUUCUGCCGGACAUCACAUCUACGCCACCCAACCCCAGGAGUAACAAACAAUCGAUGACGACGCCAAUCGGACGAAUGUACAUCAAGACGAGUCAUGCAUUAAAAGGUUUGGCUGGUUAUCCGCGCGCUAUCGGCUUCAGAGGUGGUGGUUCUUCGCUAUGUGGCUAACCUACCAAUUCACUCGGGCUUGUUUUCUUGGAGCUGCAUCGGGCAGUGAUUUCAAUCUCGAUCGUAUCGUCGUUACUGUAAUCGGAGUUGUCAUUAUUGUGAUCUAGAGCCUUUUUACAAUUGCGGUCAUGAUUUUGAUAGUACUUGGCGGGAUAUCAUCAUGGAUGUCUUUAUCUAGGAACCGUGAAUAUUUCAGUUCACGGAUGCUCGAGGGCGUUCAAAUUCAAUAUUUCGAACAUAUCGAACAAAGAGCCGCUGAUGAACCACUACAAGAGAAGCCCAAGUCUGAUCUGAGGGGCUUAAGACCCAAUUCAAUAGAUAGAUUCCUAGAGCUCCCGAAAGAGCCAUCCUUCUCCGUUACUUCCGUUCGACGAGCUCCCAAGAUUGAGGACGAGGAUGAUGAUUAUCUGACUCAAAUGAAUCCAACUUGUGCCAUUGGCGGCUCAACAUCCACGAUGGGUCCAUCCGGGAGGGCAAUCCGCUCUGCUAGCGUCAGCUCGCGACAUUCGGUCAGUAGUAUACCCCGUGGAGCACGAGUACAUCGCAUGUCGUGGAGUUCUAGAGACUUUUCUCAGUGGGAGGUAGACCAACACAGGCCUGAUCCUGCUCUUGUGCGGCGGAUGAGUGGUGCCUAGGUAAGCCUUCCGGAUAGUCUUGCAACAUACCAGUUGCUUAUAUCGGGAUACGGGAAGUGUGGCGCCGGUGCAUUUACUUAUAUGUCAACAUGUUAUUAUUCCUAAUAAGA